AUGGAGAACAACUCGAUCGCCAUUUUCCCCGCCUCAGGAGGCAUUGGAGGGGGGACAUAUCGUCAUCUUUUCAAUCUUAUCGAUGCGAAGAAGAUGAUCCUCGUUGCCAGGAGCCCAGAGAGGGUUCCCGAAAAGUACAGGGCUGCAGGCGCGGUCGUCAGACACGGCGACUACGAUCAGCUCAGCACUCUCGAUCACGCGUUCGAUGGAGCCCGCUACCUCAACCUGAUCUCCUACGCCAGCAUCUCGCAUAGGCAUCGAUUCAACGUCCAAAAGGCGGCAAUCGACGCGGCCGUCAAGUCCGGCGUGACCCAUGUUUUUUACUCCUCUCUCGGGUUCGCUGGUGGCAAGGACGACACCAUCGCCCACGUCAUGAAAGCUCACCUCGAUACCGAGAAGUACCUCGCCCAGCUCGCCGCUAGUGUUUCUGGCUUUACCUACACCGUCGUGCGCCAAGGCCUGUACACCGAGUCUUUCCCCAUGUACCUGGCCUUCCUUGACCUGAAGAACCCUCCCGCUGAGGUGAAGAUCCCCCAUGACGGCACAGGCCCAGGCAUUUCUUGGGUGAAGCGGGACGAGUUGGGUGAGGGUACCGCCCACCUGAUUGCAGACUUCUGCAAAGACCCGGCCUCUUUCCCGUACGUCAACACCAAACUUCUGCUUUCAGGCCCUCGGGACGUUUCCCUUGAAGAGAGCGUUGAGAUAAUCGGUCGCGUUCUCGGGAAAGACAUCAAGGUCCGACAAGUUUCGGUCGACGAAUGGGCCACGCAGGAUUCUGUCAGAGGAGCAUCGCAUUACUUGGAAGGAGAUAAUGCAAAGCUGUGGGCGACGGCGUGGGACGCGCUAAAGAUCGGAGAGGGAGCUGUAGUCACGCCUCAUCUGCGGAACUUGAUUGGUAGGGAACCUGAGUCGUUUGAGAAGACGAUUUACGAUUUGUCGAGGACGUAA